AAGCUCUAAAUGUGAAGACAGAGAGCUGAGAAACACAGAGGAAACCUUUUCUUUAGCCCAUGAUGGGUUACACUAAGCUGUGUCUGUUGCUGCUGCUGAGCAGCUACACGCUGGCUCAGGAUGGCGGUGAUGAAAUUGAACAAACUUCAGUGUGUCUGUUGGCCUCCAGAUUCAAAGCCCAUAGGAAAUAUUUGUACCAGUACACAGCAGCGAGCAGAAAUGAUGUUGCUGGCACUUCCAGCCCGAAAAAUGGGCCUAAAGUCUCCUGUCAGGUUGAGAUCGAAGUCCCUCGGAAAUGUAGGUUCAUCAUGCACACCCGAGACUGUGCUCUCAGCGAGCUGUCUGCCAUGGAUCCAGGGGGCCAGCAAGUUUACAGUCCUGCCUCCAACUCUGACGACUUCAAGACUGCCAUGGAAAAGAACACUCUGAAGUUUUUGGUGGAAGAUGCCACAGGAGUUGAGCUCUUCCCUGAGACAGAUGAGACAGUCAACAUCCUCAACAUCAAGAGAGGAAUCAUUUCAGCUCUUAUGGUGCCGCUCCUGGAGGACAGUCAGAACAAAGUCAUGAGCACUGUAUUCGGCCAGUGUCAGUCAUACUACCACGUAAAUGAGAGAAGGGACAUUCCCACAGAUGUGAGCGUAUCCAGAUAUCUGCCCAACUGUGACAAGUUCACCAGCAGGGAAUCAGCCAGCAGUCCACUCGCUCUGCUACAGAAACUGCAUCGCCCCAUCUCAAAGCUGAUCACAGGCACACAAAACUGCCAUUAUCAGUUCGACAACAAGGGGAAGCACAUCACGGCAGCCUCGUGUGAGGAGACACACACCUACCUGAUCUUUUCUUAUAUGGAGAACGGUUUAUCAUCAGUGGUGACACAGGAUCUCACCUUCCAGAACUCCAGAAGGAUCAGCAACAGAAUGUUUGAUGUGGACCCCCUCCAAAGCAAACCACUCCACUUCGAAGACCCUGACAAUAAAGCUCCCGUCCAGACAAAGUAUGCCGUUCUGAGCACGCUGCAAGACCUGGUGGAUCUCACAGGAACAGAUCAGGGUGAGACGAGGGCGAGUCUCUUCCAUAAGCUGGUGUCCGGCCUGCGUGGGCUGAAGAAUGACACCCUGAGCCCGACGGUCAUUGAGAUGAUGGGGGUGUCCCGCUUGCUCACCUGGCAGGCCCUGGUCCAGUGUGGGACCUCUGAGUGCACCAGUGCCAUCAUGCAGUCCAUCUGGGCCCUGGAUGGAGUGUCUCUGGAGGUGGACGCUCUGGUGUACGGGCUGAGUCUGCAGGGAGACCCCGAUGCUGCACGAGUCCGAGACAUGCUCAGCAUGGCUCAGUACAGACAGAGCAGAGCCAUCCUAUACGCUCUCGCCAACACAGUCAAGAAGUUCCAUGAAGGAUAUAUCACACCACAGGUAAAAGAAGUGUCGGAGUUUAUGGAAAUGCUUUUAAACGACUGCUCUGGAGAAAUCCGCGAUAUUGAUUCUGACUUUCCUGCUGACCCCGAGGAGCUGUCCUUCCUUGUGUUAAGGGUUGUCGGUGUCAUGGGUCAAGCCAUGCAGGAUGUCAGCCCCAGUUUGAUCUCCUCAGUUUUGCGGUGUGCUCAGAAAACUGACACCCCUCUGUUAAACCAGAAGGCAGCUCUCCAGGCCUUAAGGUUGAUGAGUAUUAACGAUGAGAUCAAAAAAGUCCUGGUACAAGUGUACUUGGACGAUCAGAGCCCUGUUGAAAAACGCAUCGCUGCCUACCUGAUCCUGAUGAAGAGCCCAGACCAGAAGUUGGUUGAAGACGUUAUCACCAGUUUGGAGCGCCUAAACGAUCGACACCUGUGGAGCUUCGUGAUCUCCCACCUGAGAAACAUCCACAAAUCCAACGACCCAGAAAUGAAAGCACUCAAAGAGUACAUUGAUUCGGCCUUACAGGAUGUGGCAGUAGCAGACGGCAUGUCACAAAACUUCAAACUGGACUCUUCGUUGGGUUCGGUUCAGGGAAACAUCAUCCGAGAUGACAUGAACACUUUACCAAAGGAGGUCAUGCUGGAGACCACUCUGAAAGUUUUUGACUACACGUUUGACAUCUUUGAGGUUGGCAUUGAGGGAACAGGAUUUGAACCGACAAUUGAGGCUCUCUUUGGAGAAAACGGAUUCUUCCCAGACGCCAUUUCCAAAGUCUUGUACUGGGCUGAAGGCAGAGCAUCCAGGCUGCGGGAGACUUUAGACAGGAUCGCCUCUGACAGAAACAGAAUGAAGAGACAGAUUCCAGAUGAUCUUCUGAAGGACAUCAUCUCUGUUAUCAAGAAGCUUAUUGAUGAUCUUCGUUCCUCUCCAAAACCUGAAGCUGUCGCCUUCCUCCGGCUUCUGGGAAAUGAGAUCGGAUACGUGAAGCCUGGGGAUGUGAGAAAGAUGGCUGAUGCUCUGUUCAUGUACUUCCAUGUUUUCGUCAGGAUCCUGCCUUUCAAUGUCCUCUCUGCUCUAACAUCCAGCUCUGACAAUGAACUCUUUGCGCACUACAUCUUCAUGGAGAACUCCUUCUCUCUGCCCACCGCCUCUGGCUUCCCUCUGAAGUUCUCCCUGGCAGGAGUGUUCGCGCCUGGUGCCAAAGGAGGCCUGAGUCACUCACAGGCUAACGGAAUGUCUGAAUUGUCCUUCAUGCCAUCGGUUGGACUUGAAUUCAUCACACAAAUGGGUGUUCACGUCCCAGACUUUGCGGAUGCAGGGCUGGAGAUGCACACUAACAUGUAUCACGAGAGCUCCCUCAAUGUAAAAGUCAGCUUUAGCAGAAACCAGAUGAAGCUGUCUAUCCCUGCUCCAAAGUCAAACACACAGCUGCUUAGUUUAAGCAACAAAGUUCUGUCAGUCUCCUCUGGUCAGACUGAGGCGCUUCCUCUGAUGGACGACCGCACUCACUCUACUGACUGCCAGCCUCUAAUAAGCGGUCUUAAUCUCUGCACAGUAACACGAUACCCCAGCGCUUCCUCCACCGACCAGGCUCCUUAUUUCCCUCUGACUGGAGAGGCCAGGUUUGCGAUUGAAAUCCAGCCCACAGGACAAGUGUCUGAGUACACUGCCAUCAUCACUCAAGAAACACUCAGAGAGGGUAGAAAGGGUCGUAAUAAAGUUGACUCUCUGAAGCUAACCUUAAAAGCAGAAGGAGAUGAUUCAACAGAGGCCACUGCGACUGUGAAAUACAACCACAAUAAGAACACUGUCACUACAGAGGUUGUUAUUCCUGAUUAUGAUGUGGAAGCAGGAAUAAAGCUGGCUGUGACCGACAGUGAGGCUAAAGGAAAGAAGAUGCGAGGCAUCACCAUCGAUGUCACCAACAAGAACAUCCCACAGCUGAGUCUGGUUGCACGAACAAGGCUCAACAUGAUGAAGGACGCCAUGCUGCAACUAGAGAUGACCAUCCCCUCUCUGAAGAGUGAUGCCUCCUUUACUGCAAACCUAAGGAGCGAAGAGGGAAUAAUCCUGGACUUAGAGACAGCUGUCAACCUGCCCGAAACUUCCUCUCAACAAAAAGCAACACUUAAAUACGAUGAAGACAAAAUGGAACUGGAACUGAAGUCAGACCUAAAUUCAGAGAUCCAGAAACUGAUCCCAAAUAUAGAGGAUCAUCACAGGCAGCUGCAGCAGCUCAUCGAUCACAUCCUGGACCAAAAAGUGGCCAAGACUGAUAUGAAACUGCGUCACAUCGUCACCAAAGGAAUUGAGGCAGGUGAUAUAUGGCUGGGAAAACUGACAGAUCACAUCCCCUAUCUUGCAAACUUACGAAGUAAGAGGAGCAUCUCCGAUCUCACCUUGCCAGCUCUGCCUGAGAAACUGUUUCUGCAGAUUGACAGCUUGUUCCGAUACCAGUUCAAUAAGGACAGGAUCCCCGUCUCGCUUCCUCUUCCACACGGAGGCAAAACAUCAGAAGAAUUGAAUAUCCCAACAACUUUAUCCAUGCCUGCCAUCAAUGUACCAGAGAUAGGCCUCUAUGUCCCUGCCAAUAACAUCCCAAUACCAUCAUUCACCAUACCACUCACUCUGGAUUUCACUGUCCCCCUACUCGGCCUGGCAGAAGUAUCCUCCAAGAUAAACAGCAACUUCUACAGCUGGGAGGGCUCCAUCUCCGGGGGCAACAACACCGCUGAUGGACCUAGCUAUGUUGCACAGUACAAGGCCAAAGCCCAAUCACCUUUCAAUCUUCUGUCUUACGAGCUUGAAGGAACUGGGAUGAUAUCUGGAAUGGCUAGUGAACAUGUGAAGUAUGUUCUGGAAAGUUCCUUUACCCACAGUCUCAUCACCUCAAGCUUAAGUGCCAUAGAAACCGCAAGAGUGACAGACAACAUGAAUGCAAGGGCCAACUAUAAGCUUGAUGUCUCUAGUCCUCUCGGCAUGAAAGCCCACUACCACUACUCUGCUCAGGCAGCGUCAGAUCUAGAUGCAGAAGAAGUCUCAGGAGAUGGCACUUAUGAUUUAUUACUUGAAAUAGGCUCAUAUUUCGCCAAUGCCACCUACAGCAACAGCUACAUUGUGCGUCCUGUUGUUGGAGAGGGAAGAGGAGAGUCCACACUACACUUCAAUGCUCCAUUCAUCCAAGUCCACAACAAGAUCCAAGGAGUCUAUGCAAACUCUGAAUUGAAUAUUGUGUCUAAAACCAACGCCCAAGAUGAUAUCCUCAAACAUGUGGCAGAGCUCAAGUACAAAGAUUCACAACUUACUCUGAAAUGCAAUUCUGUCGCCAGUGCAAUGGGUAAAUCCCUUAAUAACAAGGUCGAGUUUGGUGCAUCCAGUGAAAUGGCCAUCCUAAGGAUUGAAUCACAGGCAGAUGAUGACCAAAACAGAGUCUACUCACUUGUAACAGGAUCUCUGGACUCAAAUGGACUUGAGGUAAACUCUGAGGGCUCCCUUACCUCUGACAUGGGUCGUGGACUGCAUAAAGCUUCAGUUACAAUAACCAGGAAAGGCCUGACCACCAGUGGAACAAAUGGCAUCCAGUGCAGUCCGGUUACAGUGGAGAAUGUCUACAAUGGGGCUAUUAACAUCAAUGGGGCAUCUCUGUCCUCCACAACUAAAGCUAUGGCUGAGGAGAGCAGAGGAGAGCUCAACAUCGAGGGUAAAAUCACGCCUGCCGAAGCCUCUUUGAAUGGAGUCCUGAAGGGCCAUGUUCAUGAUGCAACCACGAGAAACGACAUGAAUGUUUUACUGGACAGAAGGGGGCUCACAUUUAAAAGCAAUUCAGUGGGAACAAUGAAUCAGAUGAGCACAGAAAAUAGUCACUCACUGACCCUCACUCUUUGGACCCUCGCCAUUCAAUCUAAGACUAACAACUUCAUCUGUGAAGAUGCUUACUACAAACAAGACAUCAAGUUGGAUAUGAAGCCUUUUGUAAUGUCAUUUGAUAUGAUAAAUGAUUUGAAGUUUUAUGAAGCCAGUGUGAUCAAUGAAGGCCACAUGAAGCUUGAGCCGACUAAAGUGGAUCUGAGUGGAACUCUAAAGGGAGCCUAUGGAGACAACAACAUCAAAAACACGUAUGAAUUCAGCUAUGACAACCUGGCUGGUAUGAUGAAAAACACCCUCUCUGGAGAUAUAAUGGAUGCACAGUUGAGUCACAACUGCGAAAUUGAAAUUGCUGGACUUUCCGCCAAAGCAGUCUGUGAAACAAGAAUAAAUUCUGAGCCUCUGCGUUUUGACAGCAGUGUUCGCACAAUGGCACAGCCUUUUAGCCUUGCUAUCAAUGCUCUCGUCAACAGUGACUGGGAGUUCAAGCUCCACGGAAAACACACUGGUCAACUGUACAGCAAGUUGUUGGUAAAAGCCGAGCCCCUUGCUUUCGGGUACUCUCAUGACAGCCGGUUAUCGACCACACACAAAAUUCCAAGGGGGUUGCCAACUUCCACAAGUUUAGACAACAAAUUUGAAGGUCUUCUGACACCAAGUGACCAGUUUCUGACAUGGAAAUUAAAAUCUAAUCUAAAUGAUCAUUCUUAUAGUCAGGAUAUCAAUGCUUUCAAUAAUCCUGAGAAAAAUGGAUUUGAGUUUUCAGGAGUACUGUCCACAGACAUUUUUAGCAAAUUAAGGAGAGCAAAGAGAUCACUGCCAGAACGGCAAGAAUUCAGCAUGGCUGCUCUCCUGAAGUAUGACAAGAACAGCGACUGUCAUAUCAUUGAGAUCCCAUUCAUUGAAAGCUUUCCUGCCGCCUUUGAGCAGCUCAAGAACACACUGGUACACGCAUUAGAAUGGCUUCAACAGAACAUCAAUAACUUGGAUAUUGAUCGGGUCAUCGCUGAUUUUAGAGCCAAGUUAGAACAGCUACCAAUGCAAGUGAAUGACUUCAUCCGGGAUUUAGAUCUGGAGAAUAAAGUGAACAGAGUCAAAGCACGACUUGACUAUUUGAUCAAUGAGUUUUUGAUAACAAUGGAUGACUUGGAGGUUGCAAUGUACAAUUUGAAGAAAAAUAUAGAAAAUACAGUGAUGGACGUAGUCGAUCAUAUCAAGAGCUUCAUUUCUGAUGUCAAAGAUUUUGCCAACGACGGCCGGCUUGAGCAGAUGAUAACAAAAAUUCUUAUGCAGAUUGAAAACAAGCUUCAGGAAUUCGAUGACAUGUAUAACAUCAAGCAGUCUCUUGUCAAAGUACUCGAAGCCGUUAACGACAUAAUCAGCAAGAUCGAUUUACAGAAGCUGUCAGAAAACAGCGCAGAGUGGCUGAAGGAGCUUGACUCUAAAUAUGGAGUUUUGGAGAAAAUAAAGGAGAAACUGGCCGAAGUGAAACAGCUCAUUGAAAACUUCGACAUCAACGUGUUUUUUGAAGACGUGAAGAAUUUCCUCCUCUCCAUUGACUUUGCUGCGUAUGCCGAGCAGAUUUCCUCUAAACUCUCUUCUUUGGAGAUAGCACAGGUGAUCGAUUCAAUGAAUGAUGUGAUCGUAAAUUGGAUUGAUGAAUAUGAAAUCCCCAACAAAUUAAAUGCAGUGUAUACUUUCAUAAGGGACGUCCUUGUAAAGUACAAGCUGGAUGAUAAAUUUAAAGACUUGAUGGAUCAGGCAUUGGUUCUCAUCAAUGAAUUCAAAAUUGAUGAGACUCUGCAGUCAGUGGUUGAUGCCCUGAAAUCUAUUAACUUUGAAUUUGUUUAUGAAAAAAUCAUGCAGAUGUUACAAAACCUGACAAACCAGCUCAGAGCUGUUGACUUUAAGAAGAGCAUUGAGGACCUUAAUGAAAGCAUUUCUUCACUGCUUAAGUCAAUGAAGGAGUUUGACUACAAUGCAUUUGUUGAUCUGACCAAUGAGAAGAUUGCUGAACUAACAAACUACAUCAACGAGCAAAUCAAAAGAUAUGAGAUUGUGCAAAAAAUUGAGGCUGUUCGUGAAUUUCUCAGAGAGUUCCAAAGUUCCGUUUUUGCAUACCUGGAAGGAUUAAAAAACACAAGGGUGGCCGACGCACUAAAGAAACUGAAAAAUGUGCUUGAUACUACAUUUAUCAAUGAUGUCCAUAUGAAAAUAUUGGAUGUCCUUGACGACAUGAGACAACGAAUCCUUGACAUGGAUAUCAGAAAUGAAAUUUACAUUCACCUUCAAAGAGCAAGCAAGUCCUACACCAAUAUUGUUGCCUAUAUUUCUGCCCAGAUAAACCAACUAAUAGAAAAGAUCAGAAAAGCUGCUGAUGACAGCGAGAUUGUCAACCAGAUUCAACAAACUGUAGAUACUGUCAUGGAUGCACUGAAGAAAGCUGAGAUCAAAGUCCCCACUUUUACUGUACCUCUCACUGACCUUGUCAUUCCAGGAUUUACAAUGAACCUGAACAAGCUUCAGGAGAUCAGCAUCCCACCUCAGAUUUCCCUUCCUGACUUCACCAUCCUUAACAUUUACACCAUCCAGGGCUUUAACAUAGACUUUGAAAAUAUCAAGGCAAAGAUAAUUGAGAUCAUUGAAAACCUCAGGGACUUUAAGAUCCAGUGGCCUGACCCUGAGGAAAUCUUUGGUGACUUGAAAGUUCUCUACCUAUCUGAACUACCAGAUUUCACCAUCCCAGAAAUAACACUCUCAGAAAUAAGAGUCCCAACUAUUGUAAUCCCUAAAUUGAACCUACAGGACUUUGAGAUCACAAUGCUUCAAAUUCCAGACAUCCAACUGCCUGAGGUUCCCAGUGAAAUUUGCAUCCCAGUUUUUGGCAGACUCCACGGAGAAUUUAUGGUGACCUCUCCAAUAUACACUCUUGUCACCACAGCAAAGAUUGAGAACUCAACAACAACACCAAAAAACCCUCAGUUCACAGCCUCCAUCACUUCCAAUGCCAAAUCAGCCAUUGAGCCCCUUGAAUACACCUUUGAAGCCACUGCUGUAUUGGAAGCUCCCAGAAUGAAGAAACUGCAAUUCACAGAGCGAAUGAAAGCUUCACAUAUGGCCUUCUCUGUUGAUCACGAAGGAUCUUUGAUGCUCACGGGCUCCUCUGUUGAGGCCUCUGCGAAGACGACUACCAAAGCUACAACUGCAAUAUACACAGCCAAUUUAGUCAACAGUAUGGCGCUUUCACUCAGCAGUGGAAUAUCUGCAUCUGCAGACACAGUCUACAACCAUGUCUUGGAGAUUCCCUCUUUUGAAACCUUGAGUCAGGCAUCAGUGACUCAGAAUAUAACAGCCACAGUUGAAUCCGGCAAAGUUCUUGUGUUUGGUGAAACAACUGGAUUUGGAAAGUGGUCCAUUUGGGAUUACUCUGAUGAAGGUACACACAAAAGCAAUGUAGAGUUCAGUGUUGAUUUUAACACUGCCAAAUUGACUUUUAAUGGAGAAACACAGUGCGGGGCAUUGAAAUCAAAGAAAACACUGACAGCUGAAUCAGUUAUCUUAAGCCACAUCACUGUCGAAGCAAGAUGUGAAACUGAAACUCCUUCCAUCAUGAGCAUAAUGACUUUAAACGGAGAGGCUAAUGUUGGGGACUUGAAGGUUGCAGUGAUUGCUUCACAUGAUGCUGAAUUCAUUGGAAACCUGAUUGGAACCAUGACCAACUCAUUGACAUUCAUGGCCCAGCCAUUUGAACUUGAGCUUGACAUUAAGAACAAAGCCAACACAAAGGUUUUCUUGCCCCUAAGACUUACGGGUAAGGUGGAUCUCCAGAACGAUUAUGGCAUCACAUUAAACUCUGAAAAGCAGCGAUCUAGUUGGAUUGCUUUGGCAAGGUUCAAUCAGUACAAGUACAAGCAUGACUUAACUGUGGAAAACAAUGAAAUGAACAUCUUCUUAGAUGCAUCAGCUAGUGGAGAGGCUAAUCUGGACUUUUUGACUAUUCCUCUUUGCAUCCCUGAGACAACUAUACCUUAUCUUGAAAUGACGACGCCUGAGGUUAGCGAUUUCUCACUGUGGGAACACGCUGGAUUACAAACUUUGCUAACUACUCCUCAGCAGACAUUCGAUAUGAUCCUGAAGCUUAAUUACGAGAAGAAUCCAGAUGUGCACAGCUUUGAAUUACACCUCGAGCCAUUAUACAACGCAAUCAGUGAUAAUGCCCGAGCCAUCCAGGUUCAGUUUGAAGACCGCAGAGACAAAGUAUUGGAAAUCCUGAAAGAUUCAUACAACCAAGCAAAGACACAGUAUAUCAAACACAAAAUUGACACAUCUGGCAUGCCUCCGAGAAUCUUUACCGUGCCAGGAUACAAAAUACCAAUAUUAAAUAUUGAAGUAUCUUCUUUCAGUGCGGAGAUGCCCGCCUUUAGCUAUUUUGUUCCCAAAGAGGUCAGCACUCCCAGCUUCAAAAUUCCAGCACUUGGUUUCUCUGUGCCAUCGUAUACGCUUGUGUUGCCAUCCCUGGAGCUUCCUGUUGUGCAUGUUCCAGAAUCUUUAAAUAACAUACAGCUCCCCACUUUCACUCUACCGGCUAUUCAGAACAAAAUUGAGAUUCCAGCCAUGGGCAAAAUCACUUCUUCAUUUGUCUUCAAAUCCCCUGUGAUUACUGUGAAUGCUAAUGCUGACCUUCUCAACGAGCCUGACAUUGUUGCUCGUUUUAGCGCCACCUCUUCAUCUGUGUUUGACAUUUUAAGCGGAAAACUGGAUGGCACCACCAGUUUGACAAAGACGAGAGGAAUUAAACUGGCCACCACUGUGACCCUGGAUCACAGAAAUGUGGAAGCAAACCAUGAAUGCACUCUUAGCCUCACCAAAAGGAGCAUGGAAGCUACUGUAGCUAACAAUGCAAAAAUCAGUCUACCCUUCCUUAAUCUAGAAUUGAAGCAGGAACUCACUGGAAAUACCAACACCAAGCCAAAUGUUGUGUCCAAGAAAAUGAUAAGUUACAUGUUUCACAUUCCUCUGAUUGACACCAUGGGAAAAGGAACACUUGAUGUAAACUGGGCUUUGGAAGCACUUACUUCUUACAUAUCACUGGAGACCUCUGCCAAAGGAAAGUCAGACAUAACAUUAUUGGAUAAUUAUAACUUUGCUGGAGACCUAGGUAAUGAGGCCAGUUUAUACCUUAGUGCUAACGGCCUGCGUUCAGUUAUCAGGACUGCCUUAGACUCAACCAUUGACAAAGUGGCGAAACUCAAACGAAGUUCUAACAACAUAUUCCAGCUUGACUUGAAUGAAAACUUGGCUCUUGAAGUCUCCUUACGUCGUAUAUUUGCUAGGCUAGAUUACACAAGCAAUAACAAAGUUGAUUUAGACUCUUUUAAAACCAUUGGAAAGCACGUUGUGAAAGGAGAACUAGAAUUUGUUCCACUUACAAACCUAAAGAUGGUGUUGAACAUUGAUGCAACUCAGCCGAGCAGUAUGGGCUAUGCUGGACUCGUUCAGAACAUCGACCUCUCCAUCAGCUCAGAGAAGCAGUCAUUUACAUGGAGUGGAAAGGAACAGAUAGUGUCUGCAAUCCAUGCUUGUGAUUUAGUCGUGUCCAAUGAUGAAUCUGAAGUACGCUUGGAGUUGACUAGUUCAGUAGAAGGCCACCUAGCUUUCUUGAAGUCAGUUAAGCUUCCUGUGUAUCAGAAGACCCUCUGGGAUGUACUCAAGUUUGAUCAGGCCACAAAUAUGGAUGACUUACAAUUCCUUAACAUCUCUUCCAGCAUUGUAUACACAAAGAGCAUGGAUGGCUUUAAAUAUGAAAUACCAAACAUGAUAUUUGAUGAUGGUGUCAUUUUAAGCAUCCCUGAGAUUCAUAUUGCUGUGCCUUCUUGGGUUAAAGAAAUUCCUGACUCCUUAAGAGAAAUCGAUAAUCGACUUGAAAACCCUGAAGUCCCCAAUCAUGUGACUUUCCCUCCUGCUAUCUCAGUCCCUGCCUUUACUGUUCCAUUUACAAACUUGCAAGUGGAGUCCUUUACAAUUGAUCCAAAAAAUAUCAACAUCCCAAAAGUGAUCACCACGACAGCUUUUGAUAUUAUGCUGCCUGGCUUGCCAGUCAUGUACGUGCCAAGCUACCAAAUUAACACGGAGUAUCUACAAGGAAAAAUGCCAUCCCUGUCAUUCAAGAUACCACAAUAUGAAAUCAUGGUGUCCUCUUUCACACUACCAAAGUCUUUAACUAUUGGAGACCACAGUAUCAACUUGAAUGAAAUUACAACCCAGAUUUCAGACUUUGAGCUCCCUACCAUUGUCAUUCCAGAACAAAAAAUUGAAAUCCCUGAGUUUUCCCUACACCUGCCCUCAGGUGUGUUUAUCCCAGUUUUUGGAGCCCUCCAUGCCAAUUUCAAGAUUUCAACCCCCAUUUACAACAUUUCAACAACUGCCAAUUUGGAGAACAAGGACUCCAGCCUUUUGACUUCACUGACUUCAGUCUGUACUUCUACCAUGGUCUUCCUGGAGUAUGAUCUCUCUGCUACUGCAAACCUUGGAUUCGAAAAUGGACUUUUCAGCCUAAAUGGGAAGGGAAACUUGAUUCACAGCGAUGUGGAUGUUGACUGGCAACAUGUUUUGACUCAUAACCUGAGAAUGAAGCGACAAGCCCCCUCGCCUGAUUCAAUGGAGCCUCGUCACACUCUCAAUGUCGACAUCACCAGCCAAACAUUUGCUGAUGUGAACUUCCGCUUUGCUUCCCGGAGAGACGGCCUCACUGCAUCAGUGUCUUCACCGUCAGCGGGUUUCCUUGGAUUGCAUCUACAGCGGCGGUCUGCGUCACAGCUGUUUGGGAAACUGUUCAGUCGUUACCUGUCGACUCCUGAAAAGGACACGGAUGUUUUGACUGCCAAAGUAACUCUGAAAAACUCCCAGAAGUUGAUCCUCCAAACAUCAUGGAAUUGGGAAUUCUUCCAUGAUUUGAUUGAGGGCAUAAAGCAGAAGAUUCCUGAAAUGACUGACCCUGUUAUUAAGUUCAUAAACAAGUAUCACAUGGCACACUUUGGUUUCGAUAUCAACCGUGGUGGCAUGAAGCUGAAAAACACACUUUCCAAUCUCAUAGAAAGAGCCUAUCACGAGGUCCCUUUAUCUUUUGACACACUGCAGAAUUCAGUUGAAAGCAUUUUUGACCAAGGUGCAGAUGCAUACAGGAGGGCAUCUGACGGCUUGAUGUCCUUAAACAUGCAGGAUUUUAUGGAGGGGUUGGCUCGUGACGUGAUGAAAGUCCUGAAACGCAGUGAAGACAAGAUCGGUGCGUUGAUAGAUGCAGCUGCAGUGUUCUUAAGUGAGUUAAAGUUUCCAGUGCCGGGCUCCGAAGAGAAGCUCUCAGGCCUGGAGAUGUUUCAGCGAGCUCGACGCUCUGUUUCACAGGCCACUACCAGGGCAAAGAAAAGGUUCUUCAACCUCAUGCAGAAUGUUUUUACACACAUCAGGGAAAUAGAGUUCACUAUACCUGGAACUGAGGUUGUUGUUAGUGGAAAUGACCUCAUGGAUAAUCUGGAGUCUUUUGUGGCGUCUUUGUAUGAUCGGCUGAGACAUGCAGUGCAGAGGGGGUUUGAAUGGCUUCAAAGGAUAGUUAAUAACCUCAUGGAGGUCAUUACUGAAAAAGGGGAGAAUUUCAUCAUUAAUCUAAGAGAUGAAAUUGUGGAAAUUGGUCCUCAAAUUGAAGCCUUGCACACUAAAGCCCUGCAGUUUUCAAAACAACGUAUAGAGGAGGCAAAGGGAUUUGUAGCUGAUUAUAAAGAUCUAACCAAAACAAAGAUUCAUCAGGCUUACAGUGCUUUAAGUAGGGAGCGAGUAUAUAAUGGUGCUGUAGAGUAUAUCAGUAUUCUGCAGAUAAACCUCUACAAAAGACUUGGUGAAGGCGCAGAUCUAAUGAGAGAAGCAUCUCAAAGCACAGCACCAUAUAUCAGAGUGAGCAACAAAAAGAUAGACGUUGAAGUUCCUUUACCCUUCUUUUGGAAGUCUUUCAACGAGUGGCCAACACAAUCUAGGCAGUGAAACAGGCUGCUCAUGAGUGUUUUCAGUUUGUCUGACCAAAUUUACAGUCUUUGUGAAAAAAAUAUCAUUUUUUGAUGCCAAUGAAACCAGUUUAAAUGUGUUUAACCAGCAUGAAAUGCAGCUUGUUUUAUGUAAGAUUUAUUUAAAUUUGACAAUUCAUUCAAUUAUGACCAACAAAUGUUUUGCAUGUAAAUUGUUCAUGACGAAGUUCAAUAAAACAAAGUUGAACGCA